AUGGGAGGACUGGUGCAGCCGGGGGAUGUCGAAGUCACGCAAGGAAACGGACAGUGUGCCUCCUCCUGGGACAUGGACCUGGAACGACGAAACACAAUCUCUAGAGUUCACUUGUUUUACUAUCUCUGAUGGGAAAAAGAGGAAGAAAAAAGACUCACAGACCUCUACAUACCAAGAGCGUAUUAGAGAACAUCUAUUAAAAGUUUCACAGUGCAUGUCUUCAGCCAAAGGAGGGAGCUCUGGUCUGAGGAAGAGGGCAGGACUGGAUGAGCUGACGGCGUACAAGGAUGCUACACGAUCAUCACAGAGAGACUCGAUCACUCUUGAGGAUGUUAAACAAGUGGCACUGUCAGCGAUGCAGGAAAAAGAAGCACUGCCUGUUCCGCUUUGCUUUUCGGUUGUGAUUAGGAGUAAGGAGCUGGAUGAGUUCCUGGUGGCUCUUCUGCUGUACCUGCACUGCUACUGGCAGAAAAAGGCUCUGGAGGAGAGGCCCAGGGCCCCCAUGGAGGACCAGAGCAUAAGAGAGCAGCAGAUAAAAGCAGAAGCAAGCGUUAAAGUGGAGCUGGCCAAGAAGCACCUGGCCUUCUGUUACUCCAGUCUGGUCCUGGGGCAGGGGCUCUCCCAACAGCACCACAUGGCCUGCGGCAGGAGCAGAAUGUCAUCCACAAACAGAGAUAUGCUUCUGUAUGAGUGUCUGUACAGCUUCCUCUGCUAUGUAGCAUGGGUCACCUUUGGAAGGCAGAAUCUAAAGGACAUUCAGACUGAGAUUGGUUGCCUGAUGCGCCCUGACAUGUUCAAUCCUGCCCUGAGAGCUCUAAGGAACAAACCAGAAGAGGAAGAAGAGGAACAUGAGAAAACCCAGAAAAAGAGUCAGUCUGCGACCAUCCCAAGCAUCAGGAAGCCUCGACAUGGGCCAGGCCUCGUCUCCGUGUUGAAGGGGUGCUCACCUGUCAUGAGUUCCAUCCUGCCUUCCUUACGAGAGAAAGCAUCUAACGUGUUCCAGAGCUUCAGCCUCCACAAGCAGGAGUCAGAUGUGCUCAUUGAUACAGAUGUUCUCAUGGAGGAGCUCAGACAAAUGCUGGAAUCAUGCAGCUUUGGAAUACUGGGAAAACCUUUGAGCCACUUGAGUCACACCGCAUCGAUGCCUCAAGAAGCCCAUGUCAAUAGUGAAGAGUUGGACCAUGAAGACCAGGUCCAGGAUGAUGAUACCAAUGAAAAUCAUUUAACAAAUAAUAAGGAUAGAAAGACCACCUUUAUGCACCAGACAUCUGCCAUAAUGACAGGAGAGAAACACAGCAGCUUAAGUCGGGCUCACACUGUGACCUCAAGAGCCACCACAGAGGCACCGCUGUCAGAUACAGAAUAAACAUGCAUCCAGGUUGUGAUGGUGGGCCUACAGCUAAUGCCUUUAUUCUGAGCUCUGCGCUUACUGUAGCAUUGAAACAUUGAAACAAAGGAAAGAGCAGCCAAAGGGUUGGGCUGCCAUAACUCACCACAUCUGGCAAUUCAUUUUUCCCUCACCGUUCUGCUGUCAACAUCCCCCUAUAAAAGGUGAGAGUGAGUGAAGUGGGCAGGUGGGGCUUUGGCAUGGUCGAUUACAACGCCUGGGAUAUAUUAAGGUCAGCCAAAGCUGAAGGUGACGAUACUAGGGAAGUGGUUCGGGAUCGAUAGGGGCCCCUACUCUGCGUGGCUCCUGGUGUUGAUGAACAUUCUGAUUGGUCCGUGACUGAGGUGAGACCCAGGAGAGCUCAUCUGGCUUCAGCAAUGCAGUGCCAUCAACAUUCUAUUACUCAACCCCGAUGAGAUGUUCAACUCCUGCUAUCGAAGCUCUGCACCUCAAUGUGGAAGCCUUUCUCCAAGUGUGUAAGAGCGUGGAUGAAGUUCACAGGAGAGGCACAGAGGGACCUACUUCUCUAUGACCUCAGAAGAAGGGGUACUGGCAGGUAGCCAGUACAGGAACAACAAUCUUUUCAUCCAGGGUAUGAAACACCUAGCUUCAGCCCAUCUACUUAGCGGGAAUUGUGGGGUGUGGAACACCAUCAAUUAUGGCAUCAAAAGCCUGUUCACCUACCUUGUGCAGCACGACAUCCCUAUCAACCCCCGGAGGCCCGCCAUUGCACCAGCAAAGCCGGGGGGCCCAAAAUACUUAGUGAUGGCUUCAUACUAUACGUAGAUGAGUCCAGCCAUAUCACCAUGGUUCCCAAACCUGACGCAUUCAACCAGCCAUGCAAUGACUUCUGGCGACCAAACCAGAUUUCAGAGUUCACUGCGUAACCCCUUCCGCAAGUGAAUGACCUCAUUGAGCGGUUGGAAGAGGUUAUUUCAGCUCUGGAUCUCAACAAAGGGGUAUUGGCAGGUAGCCAGUACAGGCAGACAACUCCACCCCAACCUUCAGAGGAGGAGCGAUGGGAAUGUGGAAAUGUUGACUAACCUGUGAAAAGUAUUGUAGAAAAUGGAGAAAGAGUACAAGAAAAAAGCAUUUGAUGAGUUUCUUAGGGGUGAUGAGAGUAGAAAGCAGGAUUUAAACUGGAAUAAAGAUAAAGAAGAUCAAGACUAGAAGAUGGUGGUAAUGCAUCAUAGUGAAUGCCAACCACCGGUAAGCACCAAGAAGACUGGUGACUAAGGCAUCCUCUGCACUUGCUCAUGACCCUUUGGCUCCCUGUGUCUUACCUUAGACCUUGACCAGUUGAAAGGAUCCUCAGCACUGGGAGCCAUGCCUACCUUCAACCACCUCCUUGGCAUUCUUACUUUCAGCCUUGGAUGACCUUGACUGACACAUACCCACGCUGCGCCAUUAUCUUUGCCCACUUAUCCGCCAGGACACCCUCUGCCUCAUCAUUGAACCUCUUUUUAUAGUAUUGGGUGCAUGGAGAAUCAUUAUGUAGCUCUUGCCUCAAAACUCCAGGGUUGGGUGUUUGAAUCUUGCCUUUUGUUUGUGUUGUUGUGUUGUAUGUGUUG